CUACACUUGCUCACCGGUUGUUGAGUUGGCCGGAGGUUAUAAACGCUACAAAUUUUAUAAUGUACAAGUCGCCUGGUGUGUUAUGAUAAAUAAGUUACUUCUCUAUUUAUCUUCUAAAGUGAUUCAACGUUUCUUGUGUUAUUAUCGGUGACAAAAAGGUGUUUCAACAAUAAUUAUAUUGUGCGCUAACAAUGUCCCAAAGAACUUCUCGCAGUAGAAACUGAUUUUUGUUUUUACUCAUCUCCUUUCUUCCUUCCGUUCGUUCGCGUCUUCUCAGCGGUUGUUGUUUUCGUUUCGUUGAAGAUUUUUGUGAAAAAAUAUUUAGUUCUCUUCAAUUUGUAUGCCUUCUGCCGGCUGUGAUAGAAAUUCUGCCACCACGACGCCUGUGAAAAAUAAUUAUUUCUUCAAUUUUGAUCCAGCGUUCAUCGGACGGUUUGUGGAUACGAAUCACACAGAAAUACAUUCAGGGAUGAAGCUUGUACCAAGUAGAAUGCUACCCCCUCAGAGCCCGGGGAGCCUGCCGGCGGUGUUCGGCGCCCCCCCUGACCUGCUGUGGAGGUAUCCAUUGACUCUGCCCCCCUCUGCAACCCCGGCCAACCCCUAUCAGCCCAACUCGCUCGAUUUUCGCACUCAGCUGCCGCCUGCACUAGGAAGCGAUCCUUGGCAAUGGUCCAGAGAGGAUGUCGUUUCAUUUCUCAGAUGGUGCGAGUUCGAAUUUGAUCUUCCUCAAUUCGACAUGGAUAUGUUUCAAAUGAAUGGGAAAGCACUCUGCCUGCUAACCAAAUCGGACCUGGCUGAACGCAUACCAGGCUCAGGCGACAUCGUUCACAACGUCCUCCAAAUGCUGAUGCGCUGCAUGGGACGACGCAGUCCUCGCCAUCCCCACCCCACAGCCCUCCCCUCCAGUCCACUAACGCCGCACUUUCCCCUCACACCGUCCUGGGCCACCUGUCCCCCCACCAUCGAGUUCCCCACCCCCUCCAACACCUCCUCGCUGCCUCCCCACCACCACUCCUCGGUCAACCUCAGUCCUGCGCCGUCGGUCGACUCGGGCAGUAGUCCUGACAUACCGCCCAGUGCCUACAAUCAGACUGACAUACCGCCCAACUACAGUUCGUCCUACAAUUCGGGCGCCAGUUCUGGCAGUAAUCAGUCAGACUCUGAUCUGGACGAGUCCACCAGUCCGACUCCUAGUCCGACUGUCAGUCAGACUCCACGCACACCUACGAGUCCGUCAGCGCAUUCGCCGCUAGUGGCCAAGAUGGGGGGACAGUACUUCUUUCCUAAUGAGCCCUCCAACGAACCCAAUACUAAUGGCAGACUACUGUGGGACUUCCUACAACAGCUUCUGGAAGACUCCCACCAGCGCUACGUGGCCUACAUUGCGUGGAAGAACCGCGAUUCAGGCAUUUUCAAGAUUGUCGACCCGCCAGGUCUGGCCAAGCUGUGGGGCAUCCAAAAGAACCAUCUCUCCAUGAACUAUGACAAGAUGUCGCGUGCACUACGCUACUAUUACCGUGUCAACAUUCUGCGAAAAGUUCAGGGCGAGAGACAUUGUUACCAGUUCCUGCGCAACCCCAGCGAACUGAAAAGCAUCAAAAACAUCUCCCUUCUGCGUCAACAGAUGUCGGCCGCUAACAACAGCACGAACGCGAGCACCAACAACACCAACACAGUCGCUAACAACAGCACGAAUGCGAGCAACCAGCCACCAUCGGUCGAGAUCUUCAUCAAGAGUGAACCCUUCCAAGAGGACGACCUGCGACCGACAGACCUGCGCAUCAACCGAACGACGCCGUCUACGCAGGACGACGACAAAUCAGCUGUUCGAUGGAGUAGCAGUGCGCAUGCGCAGCAGCAACAACAGAGAUGGAGCAACGAUGACGAGUACAGCUGCAGUAAACCGGAGGACCUGAGAGUGUCUUCCGCGUCACCCCCUAUACAGGUCACCGAUUCUUCAUAGUUUGUAGGUACCCUAGUUUUGUAGAUUUGUAGUUUGUAUAUAGUUGAACAGAUUUGUGUGGCUUGGGAGAUGGCGGGUCAGGUAAGGGUUUGAAUUUGAUCUGAUAUCAGAAGUUUAUUGGAGAUUCCAAGUGUAAAGACACUUGAUUCCAAGUGUUUUUUGUGUGUGUAGUUGAUUGGAGGUCAAGGUGAUUCCAAGUGUAGUGGAAUCUGAGGUAAUUGGAAAUAAUUAUCAUAGAAAUCACUAGUUCCUUUUUUAUACUUUUUUAUAUAAGCACAGCCUGUUUCUUGUACUCUUUGGAGUGUCAAAAUGAAUUCACAGUGCUUGAAACUAGUUGUGUUUAUAUAAAUAAAAAAUACUAUAUAGAGGGUACUAGUGAUUUCUAUAAUAAUUAAACAAUUAAAGUUGUCCUAUUAAAAUAAUUUAUUAAUUACAAAGAGUAUGAGGUAAUUAUUACCUAUGAGGCAAAUAUUACAAGGUAAUAAGAGGCAAUUACAAAUAAGUACUAGUACCAUUAUUCUAUGUUAUUUUAGACACAAAUAAGGGUACAGUAAUAUAGUAAUUCUUUGUAAAUGAACUUCAAGUAGCUCUAUCUAAAUACUUGGAUUCGAAGUUUCAAAAUUGAUUAGAGAUCAGUUGUUGAUUGGAGACUUACGAUAUGACAAGUUUUGUUUGAAAUUUGAUCUGAGAUAAAUUAUUCGAUGAAGGAGGUAAUGAGUGAGUUGAGAUUUGAAGAUUUAAAUUUGACCAGAGAUUAAUAGUUGAUAGGAGAUUCAGGAGAUGACAAUAAGUGAUUCAUGGUUUUAAAUCUGAUCAUAGAUCAGUAGUUUAAUGAAGAUUGACUUAUGAAAAGUGGAUUACAGUUUUAAAUAUUAACAUUUUUAACGAAUAUCCACAACUUUUUAGUGGAUAUCAAACUAUUUCCCAACUUAUCACCACAAAUUCUAAACGCUUUUGUUAGAAUUGAUAAUUAUACUGUAAUUGUUAGAACAAUAAAAUAAUAGACUCGUCAUCUCCUAAGCUGUACACUAUACGAUUUAUUUUUACUUUUACCAUUUUGUUGUAGAUUUUUAAUAUAAGUUGUGUUAUAUCCCCCUUUUCCAUCUCCCCACCAUAUUUUUUUAGUUGAUAGUUUAAUUAUUUUUAAGAUGUGUCCGCUUUUAUUUUAAAGACAAGGAAAUUCCUGUAUUAAGGAGAAUAUCCAGCAGUUUUAUACUUUAUAAAGAGGAAGUUGAUUUUUCAAUUUCUGAAACAUAUUCUUCCCAAAGUUACAUUUGAAAUAAUAUAAUCAACCAAUUAUAAUCUAUACAAGUAUAGAUUCAAUCUAUACGAUUUGUAUAGAAUCUUCUGUGAUUCUUCACUAUCAGGACUACAAAAAUUCUCAUCGAAAAGUAAUUUUGAUAACAUUCUUAUGAUGUUUUCCAUAAUGGAAUGCAUAAUUUCAUAUCCUACCGUUUCAUAGAUUAAUGUUGGGAUUGUUCCAAAAAAAUCUCAAUUUUUAUCAAUCCAUUUGAUUGAGAAUAAUUUCGGUAGCCUAUAGCUCACACAAAACAUUUAUAAUGUCUCUUACUAUAUAUUAUUAUACUAUCAUAAAAUCAUUUACUAUGUAAAUCACCUCCUGUCUUCCUAGCUAAUUGUAUAUUAUAUAAGAUUUAGAAUGUAUUAUUUGAUUUUGUAUACCAAGAGUUUCUUUAUUUUUAUUACCGGAAUAUAUUUAUAUUGUAAGACAUUCUGAAAACUUCAACGAUAUAUUCUAUAUGUAAUGAUAAUAAUGUAGAUAAAUUUCAUAGAUGAUGUUUUGUUUUAUGAAAAUAGUUCACCCUGUUCAAUUCCCUUUUAGGAAAGGAGGGUAAUUGGAAGGAUUUAAAGACAAUAAUUUUAUUGAAAAGUUAUAUUCUUGUUUUAUUAAUAAUAUGACUAGUCUAGUUUUUAAAUAUUUGCUCACCGCGUGUUGUUAGACAUACAUCGAAUAAUUCGAAGAUUUCAAGACAUCAAGAUUACCGUAAUGAUUUGGCAUAAAUAUAAAUUAGGACAUAACUUGAAUACCUGUAUUUUUUUUGUGUAGUUGAGAAGUUGAUAUUGUGGUAAUUAUUCAUAUUGAAUGAAAAAGACUGAGAAAUUGUCAAAAAACCACUGAUUUAUUGAUAAUUAGAAAGACCGGUUUCGGUUAUUACACCAUUGUCAAUCUCUGAUAAACAGUUUAUUUUUGGUUAGUUUAGUUUAUUUCUGGUUAUUACACCAUUGUCAAUCUCUGAUAAACAGUUUAUUUUUGGUUAGUUUAGUUUAUUUCUGGUUAUUACACAAUGGUGUAAUAACCGAAACCGGUCUUUCUAAUUAUCAAUAAAUCAGUGGUUUUUUGACAAUUUCUCAGUCUUUUUCAUUCAAUGUAAUAUUUAUGAGAAAUAAUUAAGAAAUAGAAGAAGUUUUGGGCAAUCGCCUUUUUUAUCUUUCCUGAAUAUUGUAUUAUUCAUUUGCUUCAUUCAAUAGAUCAAUUAUUAUACUAUUCGGCAAUCUCUGUAUAUCUUUACGUUGUCGCUCCACUGGAAACUGAUUCCCGGGAAAUAUGUAUAUAUCUAUAAUACAAGUGAUAAUCCUUGAAGGAUCUGAAGUGCCUUUCAGCGUAGUGUCUCAGAUUACAGUAACUAGAAUUUUAUCAAUACUAUCUGAAAAAUGGUAUAGAUUACAAUUAUUGAAUUGUGUGAUUAUACAUUACUUUCUUGAAAUUUAAAUCUUGAAUCUAUAUAAAUUAUACAUCUAAAUUAAACUUACAGGGUACAAUCGCUCAGGCUUUUUAAAUAAAAUUUUAUACCUAGUGUUGAUGUCUAGAAAUUCUAUUCAGGUACCCGGUUUUUGGCUUCCAAAUUUUGCUUGUAUUAAAUAUGUAUGAGCGAAAAGUAGACUAUAUCGUAGGCCUACGUGAAAUAUUUCCAAAAUAUUAAAUUUGAAUUUACAUCCAUAUUUAGAAAUCUAUUACAACGAAAAUAAUUAUAAUUCAAAUAAUUACUAUUAUGAAUUAUUAUUUUAUUACUAGUUACAUAAUUUCUGGUUUUAUCAGUCUUUAUUUAUGUCAUUAUCAAUAAUUUCAUGAUUAGUAAGUAUGACUUAAAUCCCCAUAUUAUAUUUGACUUGGACAAUUUCAAGCAUCGAACUCUUGUGAUUUUAUUUUCAACUAUCACACAUUAUAUUCAAUUUUAUUUUUAAUGAUGAACAAAUACAUCGAAUUUAUUCAUGAAUUCUGACUUAUAAUUGCCAAUAUUUUUCAAUAAUUCAAAUCCAACGAAUUUUUGUAUAAACAGUAUUUUUAACUUCUUGUACAAUGAUUUUUUUCACAGCUCUUCACUCAUGAUUCUCAACUCAAAUAUCAAUUAAUUGAACGAAAUUUGAUUAUUCAUUGUUUAGUUAUAAUUAAUGUAGACUAACUAAAUGUUAUGAAAAGUAGCUUACAAAAUGUAUUUGAAGUUAGGUUGAAAUUUAUUUGAUUCUCUAGUGAGUAAGUUUCCCUAUAUAGCAACGAUAUUUGGUUUCCAAAUGGUCUCACAUUAUUUUGUUCAGAAAUUCUAUUGUAUUAUUUAUAUCACCUUGUGCUUCCAUUCGUAUGAUGAAUUUAUUGUACAAAAAAUGUAUAACGAAUAUAUUAUUACAGUUACAUGCAUUUUAAAGAUGAUUUCAAUCUCGUUGUUUUUGUGUAGUAAACCGGAACUGCUGUACUAUAAGGUCUAUAUCAACUGAAAUUUCUCCACAUAAUCUAUUUCUAUACAUUCCAUUUACUGACUAUAUUUCAAUACGGUACUCAUUAUUAUAAUUUGUCUUUAUCGAAUUGGUUCAACAAUAGAUGAAAAUAGUAUCUUCUGUAUUUUAUCGAUUUCAAAAUUGUAUUUACAUUCAACUUACAUUGAAUAAUCACUUGUGCUUGAUGAAAAUUUUAUUUUCUGUAUUUUAUCGAUUUCAAAAUUGUAUUUUCAUUCAACUUACAUUGAAUAAUCAUUUUUGAAUUAUUCGACUUACAUUGAUUAGAGAUUUGGAUAGUUCUACUGGAUUCAUCUUAUUUUAUCUUGAAAGGAUAAAUGUAUUUAAACCUUGAGUUCAUUAUCUUAUGUAUCCUACCUAAUGUAUUGCUUCAAUAUCCAGUCUUUCCUGAAUAUCAAGAGUGUAAUAUUAUAGCUGCUUCUCAAAUGUUCUUAGCCUUAUUAAUAUUACUUGUUUCUUUCAAUGAAUUUUAAUGAUUACCCAUUAUGAUCUCUAGAUUUGUUACUAAGAAAUCUCUAUGAUUUUCAUGAUAUAUUAGGCUAUCCUAGACAUAAAUUUAUCAUUUGUUUCUCUAGAUUUCAUACACUUCAAAGAAAUCAUUACACAUUCGUUAUUUAAAAAAUAUAUUAUAUAAAGUAAAUAUCGUAAAUAUAAGUAGACAAUUUCAUAGUUGCUUUCAAUGUUCUGAUAUAUUUCACUAUCAAAUCCUGUUAAUUUUGUAGUUUAAGGACUGUUUAUAUUUUUGCUCUCAUAUAGUUGUUUGAGAACAUUAGAUUAAUUGUGUUGCUUUAAAAUAUAUUGUAAAUUAUAUAAAUACUAUAUAGAAUGUUGAAGUUUUAUGUAAAUUCUAGAGUUAUUAUGUAUUUUUACUAUGUGUUUCCAUUAUGAAUUUUUUGUUGUUCCCUCUCUGUUUGGCAAUGCUAUUCUGUUGAAUUGAAAUAGUAUCAGAUGUAGAAUUUGAAAUACCCAUUUUCGAUCUGUUUGUUUUUGUUUACGUAAAUAUAUUUCAAAAAAUUAGCAUUAUAUAAUGAGCCUAUCAAGAGCUUCUACUGUGUCUUUCAGAACAGAAAAUAUAUAUAUGUUGAUACUUGUAUUUAUAUUUCUAUAAUAAUAUUGUCAUUGUGUAUUGAAUCUAUUGACAUUUUUCAUCAGUCAAUGGUGGAAAUUUCAUGUAGCUUACACCUUUCGAAUGUGGUACUGCUUCUACCAUUUUUAUCUUGAAAAUAAUGUAUAUAUUUUUUGAAAGUGAUCAAUUUGUUUAUAGAUGAAAUAAACUGACAAUGUUUGCCUUCAA